ACCGGACGCCUCGCGUCUCCCCUGAAUAUCCCGGACGGCUGCUCGUCCGCGAUGGUUUUUUUUCUGCGGAGAAAAAUCCGCUAAAGCGGUACUGGGAAAUGGCGUACCGAACGGCUUGGCGUACCCGGUGCAGGCAGUCUAAAUAGGGUCCGCAGGGACAGCGAGGGAUAGCAGCGUGCGGUGUGCUGGAGCGCGCACUCGUCAGUCAGUCGUCACGUGCACCGGUUAGUCAGUCGUCACGUCAGAUUGUCGCCGACUCGCCGCCGUCCCCGGGAUGGUCCCUGCGGCGUCACGUGCAGCGCACAAACCACACCACACCACCGUCGGAGAUCGGAGAUCACCGUCCAAUCCCGACUGACUGACUCAUCACUUCAUCAGUGAACGCAGGGCCAGGUCUGAUCUGCCGUCGCCGUCGCCAUGGGAUCCCACCGCCACACCCCCCGCUUCCUCGACGACCCCUUCUUCCCGUUCCCGCCGCCGCCGCAAACCUCCUCCUGCCCAUUCCUCGACUUUGACAGCCUCGACCUCUUCCUGCCCCCCAGCGACCCCUCCCCCUACCCCUUCCUCCUCCGCGACCUCACCGACCGCGUCGCCGCCCUCGAGCUCGCCGUCGCCGCGCGCCGCCCCGAGCCCACCACCAGGAAGUGCACCUACGUCACGGAGGCCGGCGGCCGCAAGGUCAAGUGGACAUCCAUCGAGAGGCCGCGCGCGGGGGACCGCACGCUCAGGUGGGAGGCCGAGGUCAAGUCCCCCGACGACGACGGGUUCGACCGCAAGUGGAAGUGGGAGGCCAAGGGCGCCUCCUCCGCCGCGCCGAGGAAGCUCAAGUGGGGCGCCGCCGUCAAGGGCAAGGGCUCCCUCGAGCCUUGGUCGCAGGUCUACACACGGGAGGAGGAUUUCACCGCCAGCGACACCGACGACGACGAGGAGGAGGAGAAGAAGGCCGACAACAACAAGACCAAGGUCGCCGACAAGAAGAAGAAGCACAAGAAGAAUAAUGAAGACAAGGCCGUCAGCAAGGAGAAGAAAUGCCCCGUCGCCACCGUCAAGAUCGAGGAGAUCUCCGACGACAACGAUGCCGGAUGCGUCGCGAUCAGAAAGGCUUUUGCUAAGGGCAAUGGGAAGGGAAAGAGGAAGGAGCUGCCCCCGCAGGAUGCUGCAUUGCUUAUCCAGAUGACCUACCGGGUUCACCUUGCUCACCGCUCCCAGGUGCUUCGCUGCCUGCGUGAUCUGGCUGUGGCCAAAGCCAAGCUCAAGGAGAUGAGGUCCCUCUUCUACAACAUCUCUUACAGGCGCCGCAUGGCAAAUGACCACAAAGAGCGCCAAAGGUUCUCUGAGAAGAUCAUUGUACUGCUCAUCACUGUGGAUGCUCUUGAGGGACCUGACUACAUGGUCAGGGUUGCCAAGAAAUCUAUGCUAGAGGAGCUUGAAGCAAUGCUGGAGGUUGUGGACCCUCAGCCACCUGGAAAGCAGAGGUCGCUGAGCCGCAGGAAGUUUGAUCUCCCGGAAGGUGGAGCAGUCUCCGAUGAGAAGGUGGCUGGUGUGAACAAGGCCGUCAGGAUCAUCCAGGAGGGCAAGUGAUGCAGCCACCACCUUGUUAGUGGUUAGAUAUCAUGCCUUAAUCCUGGUGAAAGCUUGUAGAAGCAGCAUAUAUAUACAUCUAUUCAUCUACCAUCAUCUAGCUAGGAGAACUUGAGACCUGAGGGAACUCUGCGCUUUGUCCAGACUUUCCAUUAUCCUAGAGGAUCUAUCUCUGCACUUUCUUGUACCUGUAAUGUUAUUUAUGUGUUACUGUGAACCUAUAAUAUGCUGCUAGACAAUCAAUUUGAGCUUCAGAAUAUGUGCCAUCC